CCCAUCCCUAUCCCCGCCCUCCCGGUGCCUCCCCCCGCUCCCAUUGGUCGGGCUCGGGGCGGGCGAUGGCGGCGAUCCGCAGCGUGAAGGGGCUGGUGGCGCUGGUGACCGGCGGCGCCUCGGGGCUGGGGCGAGCCACGGCGGAGCGCUUGGUGGCGCAGGGGGCGCGGGUCGUGCUGCUCGACCUGGGCUCGUCCCCCGGCGCCCAGCUCGCCAAGGAGCUGGGGGAGCGCUGCGCCUUCGCCCCCGCCGACGUGACAUCGGCCGAGGAGGUGGCAGCUGCCCUGAAGUUGACCCAGAAGGAAUUUGGGCGCCUGGACCUGGUGGUGAACUGCGCCGGCGUGGGCAUCGCCGUCAAGACCUACAACAGCAAGAAGGACAAGGUGCACGAGCUGGAGGACUUCCAGAGGGUCAUCAAUGUGAACCUCGUGGGGACCUUCAACGUCAUCCGCCUCAGCGCCCAACUGAUGAGCCAGAACAAGCCCGACGCCGACGGCCACCGCGGCCUCGUGGUCAACACAGCCAGCGUGGCCGCCUUCGAGGGGCAGGUGGGUCAAGCAGCGUAUUCAGCCUCCAAGGGCGGCAUCGUGGGCAUGACGCUGCCCAUCGCCCGGGACCUGGCGCCGCUCGGUAUCCGCGUGGUCACCAUCGCUCCAGGGCUCUUUUCUACCCCGUUACUGGCCGGUUUACCUGAACGUGUUCGGAAUUUCCUGGGACAACAAGUGCCUUUUCCCUCCCGGCUGGGACACCCGUCGGAAUACGCGCACCUGGUGCAAGCCUUGGCUGAGAAUCCCAUGGUCAAUGGGGAGGUGGUGAGGCUGGAUGGAGCCCUCCGCAUGCAGCCAUGACUUGGGGGGCUCCCCCCACUCCUUACCCCCCAAAUAUGGGGCUGGGGAGGUGGGGAGGAGGGGGAUCCACAGUGGGGAUGGGGAGCAGGGAUGCUCCCCAUAGCCCCAGUGAUGCUCCAUGGGGACAGUCCAGGAUGGAGUUCCACUGGGAUAAGCUCUGGAGACACCCCCAUGAGUGGGGAGAUCCCAUAGAUUUGGGGACACCACCACCCCCCAUGGAUUUGGGACCCCCAUGCUGUGAUUUGGGUCCUCCCUCUCCUGAAUGAGGACCAGGGGCGCCCAUGGGAGCGGGGACACCCCACUUAGUGCUAUGGGGACCCCCCGCCAUGGAGACCCGCUCCCCUACACGUUGUGUCCCCCCACAAUAAAGCGUGUUCUGCGCUGCCCCGCCUCUC